GUGAAGGAGUUGCAGCAGUUCCUAGGCUUCGCUAACUAUUACAACAGGUUCGUGCCACAGUACGCAAAAAUCGCAACACCACUCACGAAUCUGCUGAAGAAGAACACAGCCUAUAAGUGGGAACCAAAGCAUCAGGAAGCCAUGGAGCAGCUGAAACAAGCACUCAGGUCCGCGCCUGUACUCAUCUUGCCAGACCCCGAACGCAACUACGUCAUCGAAGCUGACGCCAGCGACCAGACAGUGGGAGCAGUCUUGAUGCAAGACCAGGGGAAUGGACUGCAACCAAUCCCCUACCUCAGCAAGAAACUACACGGGGCAGAACUCAACUACCCGAUACACGACAAAGAGGCCCUCGCUAUUCUCAUCGCCUUCAAAACGUGGAGAUGUUAUCUCGAAGUACGACAAACAACCGUCUACACCGACCACUGCAGCCUGAAAUAUUUGAAGACACAACCAAACCUCUCCAGGCGGCAGGUCCGGUGGAUUGACUUCCUCGAGACGCACUUCCACUCUGACAUCGUGUACAAUGACAUCGCGUACCGGAAGGGAUCAAUGAAAAUCUGGGUACCCAAUUACCCUCCUUUGCAUCAGUUACUACUCGAAGAAUACCACGAUAUCCUAUACGCGGGACAAUUCGGUAGCAACAAAACGCUCACUAGUAUUGCAAAGCACUACUACUGGCCCCACAUGGCAGACGACGUCAAGAAAUUUGUCACCUCGUGUACUAUAUGUCAGCGGAUGAAGAGCAGCAAGCAGAAAAAGGUAGGACUGCUACAGCCUCUUCCUGUCCCAGAACAGCCAUGGCAAGUGGUUAGCCUGGACUUCAUAACCGGGUUACCAACUACCACAAGCGGUCAUGACGCAAUCCUCGUCGUCAUGGACAAAUUCUAUAGAAUGGGACACUUCAUCCCAACACUCACGACAGCACGCACCGAAGAGACAGCACAACUAUUCGUUCGCUAUAUCAUCUCACAACAGGGCAUUCCAACCACACUCAUCUCCAACCGAGACCCCAAGUUCACCAGCAAGUUCUGGAAGGAACUGAUGUCUCUGCUCGGGACAAAACUCGCCAUGUCAUCCGCCUACCAUCCGCAGACAGAUGGACAGACCGAGCGCCUAAACCAAAUUGUAGAGCAACUCCUUUGCGCAGCAUGUAAAGAUGAAAUAUCUAAAUGGGACUUACAUCUGCCUGUCCUGGAGUCUGCCUACAACAACGCCACUCACGCCACUACUGGACAUACGCCGUUCUUCCUUUGUUACGGAUGCCACCCGCUCAUGCCACAAAAAUCAACAGCAUCAGCCACAUCCCACAUGCAUCUCUAGGGGCGACGGUGUCCACUUCCCC